AUGGAGGAAGACGACCCAGAGAGGAACAGCGGGAGGGGCUUGCUGAGGGAGAGCCACGCUCUCCUGGUGGCGCCGCUUCUGGUGCUGGGGGCGGCCAUUCCCUUAAUAUUUCCUGCAUUCGCCGCGGCGGCGGCCGACAGCAUCGCCGACUCCAUCGCCGAUCUCGCCGCCAUGGCUGCGAGAAAGGCCACGGAGGAGAUUCUCCUUGGGUGGUCGUCAUCUCUGUCUUAUCUUCCUACUACUACGACUUCGGGCUCGUCAACACCUAUCGCGUCUGCGACUCCGUCUACGACCUCGCCAUCACCCGCAACACCGGAUUCCUCGACGGCGUCACCAUCGCAUUUUCAAUCUUCUGGUGGCUCCACGACGCCGGCGAUCCUCUGCUGGCUGCUGCCGGCGGAGGACAGUUGUUCUUGUUCGGCACAUAUCGAUCCUCUGUUUCCUCUGUUCCCUACAUUUUUACUCUCUUCCGUGCUCUACGGUUAACGCCUUCGUUCCUCUCUCUCUCCCCCUCUCUCUCUCUCCCCCUCUCUAGAUUUGUAGGAACCCGAGACUUUUAUGCCGUACAAAUGGCUUCUAAUAUUGAAUACUUAGCCUUUUGGAUGGUUAAACUCUACAACUCAGGGAGAUCAAUGGUUCUGGUAACUUUCUAGAUUUGAUUCCAGGUCACAAAACUUCCAAAUCUUGCCUCCGCGCCCCCUUCCCCCAAAAAAGGGCCAUUACUUGGCAGACGUUCAAACUCCAAUGAGAUCGAUUCCUAAGGUCAAGAACUCAUAUUUCUAAACAGGCGCAGUCGUCCCAAGAUCACCACCAACACUGUACAUUGUACCUGUUCUCUCUCUAUCUCCUUUUGCUGGCCCAUUCCUCACAUGGGCCCGCCCAAAGCCCAUUUAGAGGGUUUUUUUGUUUUUUUCAAGGCCCAGCUUAGGGGCCGGCACGUUGACUCCCUCGUUCAAGUUCAUUGGUCCCGCGAAGUCCUUUGACAUUCUACUUAGCCGCGAGCAAAACGGUUUUCCUUUUUCAAGGACUAGCUCAGGGUAUUCCCUCGAAUCAAAUCCGUCACGUUCACUCCACCUUCAAUUACACUGGUCCUAAGCUGGGCCAGCUAGAAACGAACAAAAACUCUUUUUUUUCUUCCAAGGCCCAGCUCGGGGGCUUCCCUGGGGUCCUAUCAGCGCGCUGACUCCCCCUUAA